AUGCCAGUUAACGUUGACGAAAUAACUGCAGCCGAGUUGCUGCAGUUAUUUUUUGACUUUUAUACCGACAAUCUCAUUUGGAGUCUAUUUUUAACGUCGACUGCCGUUCAUGCUGUUGUUCUCAUUGCAAGUCCACUGCAAGCCGUUUUUAAAUGGUAUCGUCGCCGGAGUAGCGAUAGUGAUACGCCGUUGCCAUAUAUAUGUGCAGCAAUUGGGUCCGGAUUAUGGCUACGCUAUUCCAUCUUUAUCGAGGAUACCAAACUCAUAUUGCUGCAAACUUACGCAGUUAUUAUGCAAAUCUUUUUCUUGCUUACCUUAUUAUUUUAUCGAUCAAAAAAGCAACAAUUGGUUAAAGCUUUACUUUAUAUUCUUCUUUUACAAAUGGCUUUAUAUUUGUACAUCGAAAAACUAACAGUCGAUGAUGGAAGAGUAAUGACGGGUCGAUUCGCAUCAGCUGCACAAAUCGCCGGUUCCUUCGUAUGCCCGUUUAUGAUCUAUCGAGCAGUCAAAACCAAAGUCAUCGAUUUCAUUCCAUCAGCACUUGUCAUAUUCACUUGCAUUAUGGAGUUACAUGCUAUUGUAUACAGCUUUGCUAUAGACGAUUUCUACAUGUUGAUAGCGAACACUACAUUUUGUAUUAUGGAUGGAUCUUUGUUAUGUAUGUUCUUUAUUUAUCCAACAGAAAGGAAAAAUUAUCGUAAGAUUCAAGAAUAUUUGUUGUGA